UUUUCGAAUUUCACUUUUGAAUGCAGUUUUUUUAAUUUAGUUGUGUUACAUAUUCCCUUUAAAGGAGACACAUUUUCAUAUACCACAAGUCAACUUUAAAUGCAAAUGAAAAUUCAAGUCUAUUUGAAAAUGGCACAAGUCCCGGACUUAUGCCUUUUUCAAGUGAAACGAAGCGCAACUGAAGUGACGUAAUCUAACUUUAUUUGUUACAAAAAUGGAAAAUCGCGAGCUUGCUGAAAAUGCAUAUACCUCUAGAAAAAGAGUAUCUGGUAUAAGGAACAGUGAAAAUUAUAAACACUCAAAAAUAAAAAAAGCCAAAGUGUCUGGAGAAGCUUAUAAAAACCACAAAGGAAAUGAUGUGGCACCAAGGCAGACGGGUGCUUCAUGCAAAUGUAAUUCAAAAUGUAUGGAGCUUGUAUCUGAAGAUGUUAUGAAAAGUACAGUUCAGUUUGUUAACAAAUUCGAUAGUAAAAAUGCCCAAGACACAUACUUGCAGUCAUUGAUUGAAAAAAAGGAAAUAGAGAGAAGACGGUUUAGAUCUGAAGAACCUAAGAAAAAAGAAUUUUCCUUUAUUUAUCACAUUAUGAUUGAAGGUGUGAGAAAAAAAGUAUGCAAGAAAGCUUUUUGCAGUAUGCUUGGAAUUUCUAUAAAACAAGUUAAACGUUUAUGCAUUUUCUUAAAAUAAAAUGAGCAGCCUAUAGAUCACAGAGGGAAAUCCCAGGGAUCACGAUGCAACUCAUUACCUGGUGGUACAUUAACAAAAGUACGUGAGCAUAUUGAAUCAUUUCCUGUUAAAUAUGUGCACUACUAUAACAAAGAUGCAUCAUCUUAUUAUUUGGAUGAAAAACUCAAUGUGAAAAUUAUGCACACAUUAUACGAACAAAAAUAUCCAGAUCAUCCUGUUAAAUAUAAAUUUUACCUUAAAUAUUUCCAAGAAAAUUUUAGUUUAUCGUUUGGUAGAAAGCAAAUUGAUGUCUGUGGACUGUGCGAAGAGUUACAAAUUAAGCUUAAAAACCCACACCUUAAUGACAAUGCGAAAAGAAUUUAUCAAGCAGAUAUUGAGAUACACAAAACACAGGCAAACAAAUUUUACAAAAAAAUUCAGGAAGUUGAAACUAAGUGCAAAAAUGAUCCAAAUGUGUAUGGGAUAGCAUUUGAUUUUAUGCAAAAUUUGCCACUUCCACAUAUCCCUGUCCAGGAAAUAUUUUACCUACGUCAACUAUGGUUGUAUGAGUUUUGCAUAUACGAUUUAAAAACUGGUAAAUCAGUAUUUUAUUCAUAUUGUGAAGGAGUUGCUAACAAAGGUCCCAACGAAGUAUGUACCUUUGUGCUGGAUUAUAUUAAAAAUAAUAUUGGCAACGAAGCCAAAGCACUGCACCUAUUUUCUGAUGGUUGUGCAGGCCAAAAUAGAAAUCAUGCCAUGAUCCGAUUACUUUUAUCCCUGGUAGCUGAACUAGGUAGCAAUAUAAAUGCAAUACAAUAUUACCUACCAAAAAGAUGUAACUCAUUCUUGCCAAACGAUAGAAUGUUUGGAACAGCAAAGCGACAUAUUCGAAAAAAUGAUCGGAUUUACACACCAACCGAGUAUGAAAAUCUUAUAUGCGAGGCAAACGAAAAAUUUGAAAUUAGAAGGCCUAAAACUGAAGAUAUUAUUGAUGUAAAAAAAUGGUGGCCAAACCAUUAUAAGAAACUUGUGCUAUCUGUGGAUUCCUACGGAAGAGGAGUACCCAAGAACAAGAAAGUAACUUUUGGUAUUUCUAAAGUGUCACAUUUUAUUUUUUCUAAGACCACACCAGGUUUAGUGACAACACGAGAAUCUAUAGAUUGCUUAGUCAGUUAUGAUUUCCAGCUAUUACAAAGGAUGGGUACAAGGCCAACCUUGCCAUCAAGUAGUACUCCUGCAUAUGCUGGAAAAUUGCCUAUCAAUGAAAAAAAAAUAUCAGAUUUGAAGGAAAUAGAAAAAUUCCAUAUUCAAUAGAAGAGUAUCAAAACUUUUAAACAGAGGUUUUUGCUUGGCCAACAACUUCUGCAAACAAUGAAUUCCAAGAAAUAAGUGACGAUUAACUUGUUUUAAUGUAAUAAUAAAUCAUUAUUAUUCUGAUAA